AUGUCAGCUGUGAGGCGGGAUGUCAGCUGUGACAUAAAUUAUUUAUCAUCACAUCCUGUGCUGUGUGAAAAGGGAAGAGGACGAUUUCACGAAGAUUGGCUCAAACUGUCCCCGGAAGAGCAGCGGUACGGUUGUUCGGAUAUGAUGCGGCAAGAACGGGAAGCAGAAGAGCGACAAAAGAGAAGGGAAGAGGAGCAAAGGCGACUCAACCGAAUAAAAACGCGAUGCACAGUGACGAUUUGUUCGGGGAGGAACCGGAGACUGGGACGGUUGGACGAGGUCGAGGAGUACGACGUUUUGCUGAAGCUGAACCGUUAUGCAUUGCAAAAGUUGUACUAUCGCAGUCAUGCAUUACAGAUUUCUUUCUCAAUGUAAAUCCGCAUUACAAAUUCCAUUUCUCAUGCUGAGGAAAUUUGUCAUGCGGUUUCUACUUCUUGUACGAAAACGAAUACGAUAACGAUACUUUUGCACCGUAUACCCCCCCAGACUGGCGGAAGAGAUGUCUGAUACAAUUCGGCUUGCUGGAGCACGGUCGAUAUCCUGUGCAAAAGUAUCGCACUCGUAGUAAUUGCAGUCAUGCAUCACAAAUCUCUCUUUUUAGCUGAAUCAGCAUUACAAAUUCCCUUUUUCCUUUUGGAAAAAUUUGUAAUGCAAUUUAUACUAGUACGAUACUUUUGCAAUGCAAAGGCGACCCACGCUGGUGCGGGUUGUGCGGAUGAUGGAGGAGGGAAUCGAAAGAAGAAGAAGAAGAAGAAACGACAAUUAUGGAGCACAAAAUGAUAUUGACCUGGGCGUUGCUGCUGCUGGACGUGGACAUCAGCAACAGGUACAACAAAAUGCGGAUGAUGCAAACGACGAUCAACAGAACAAUGGCGACAACCGUUCCGAAAACGACACCGACGGGGAACUGUCUGCGGAAAACGAGGAAAAAAUGUCCUCCGAAGAGGAAUCCGAUGACGAGGAUGUGUUGCAGGCCCGCUACUGCUCGGAGGUCAUUUUUAAGGACUUGCACUGCCGUCCGUGCUUGCACAAGUGGUUGGAUGAAGGUGUGAUUUUCCCGAACCAGGUGUUCCGCUCGAAAGAGGGAAUGCUGGACCAGCAGAUGUUCGCGCCCCAAACCCCGGCGACCACCGCCUCUACAAGCCCAAGCACUUCCGGUACCUUCAACACGGACAACUUUUCGAUAGGCGGUGGUGGCAAUGGCAACAACUUCGCCGAUGCUCCGGAAGCUCUUGCUGCGGAGGUCUCGUCCGGUUUUGACGAGAGGCAACUGGUGGAGGAGAAUGUCGAUGUAGAAGGGGGCGAGCAGUAUCACGAGGAGGUGGGUGAGCAUGUCGAUGCCGACGACGAGUACGAGGAGGAUGGGGAGGUUCUGGAAGAGGACGUCGAAAUGGAGUACGAAUAUGAGGAGUCGGAAAACUAUGACGAUGAGGCGGAGGAGUUUUUAAACAUGGAAGAGGAGGAAGACUUUGCUAUGGAAAUGUAAUUGUAAAGCCAGACUGCGUAGGAUAUCGCGAUGGCAAUGGCGGAUCAUCGAUUCAUUUUUCCCCGGCCUAAAAAAUCCAAGUCGUAAUUGCGAAAAUGGUGCAAACAAAAAUUUUGCCACAGUCAAAGUACAUCGUUACAACUCCGCGACGAAGAUAUACAUAUACUCGGCGUUUUCAAGGCCUGGAACAUUUGACGCCAUGCCCAGGCACGAC